CAUUUGUGUGAGAACUUAACUUAAAACGUGAGUUCAAGAGAGAGAGAGAAUCUGAGAAGCUCACUGCUUCGCUGAUUUUGAGGAAAGAGAAAGAGAGAAGAGUACCUCACAAGACUUUGCACAGAUAUUAGACGAAGACUCCGCAUUGUUUUUCUUCUUCAGACACAACACAUCCUUGUCAAUAGAGUUGAAAGUCCUGAUAAAAAAAACCCAGAUCAAUCAUGUCUCAACAACCAAACUCCAAGUCCCUCUCAGAUUACGAAACAGCUUGGAGCCCAACAUCUCCUUUGGAGUUCAGAUUGUUUCUAGGGAACCCCUUUGGUGGGUCUUCUUCUCUGAGGUCAAUCCCGAGAAUGCAUCAGAGAAGCUGGGAUUCUGGAAAAGUAGGCUUGAGGAUUGUUGAUUCUCUCGAUGAUCACCACACUGAUUCAUCAAGGAUUCUUCUUCCAUCACCUGAUAGUAAAAACAUGAUCUUUGGGUCCUUGAUGCUGAACCCCUUUACCAAAUCUCCUAUGCUCAAGGAUGAUAAGCCUAAUGCUGAUGGCUCUUGCUCUGGUGCUGGGAACAUCAGUGUCAACAACAUUGAUGCUUGUCAACAAGGAUCGGUUAGUGAGCCUGUUGAAAGUGAAGCUGAGAUCUCAGAGGAGGAGUACACUUUUGUUCAUGAACCCAAAACCACUCAUAUUUACGGGAGUCAGGUUCUGGAGUCGGUAGAGGACGAUGGGAUGACGAAGAAAGAUUGUUGUGAAGACGAGAAAGAGAGCAUUUUUGUUAUUGCUCCUCUUGACUUGACAACGAUAGCUGAUGUGUUACUACCUCCCAGUGACUUCUUGAGCUUCUGCUCCUUCUGCAGCAAGAAGUUGGGUAUGGGGAAAGAUAUAUACAUGUACAGAGGAUACAAAGCGUUUUGCAGUAGCGAUUGCCGUUCAGAGGUGAUUCUUCUAGAUGAGGAAAGGGAAGAGGAAGAAGAGGAAGAAGCUAAGUCUGACUCGUCUUCAGACAAGGAACUCUCCAAGAAGAAGAGCAACGGUGUGAUCUUCACCGUUGGCUGAGGUCUAAUGCACCCACCAUUUCCAUUAUUGGUUUUGAGUCCAUGAAAAAAGGAGGAAAGGUAGAAGAUGCUUGAGCUGAUCAUCUGUUUAAAAAAAAAAAAGAGCUGCUGGUUUCUCUAAAUCAAAGCGGCCAUGGAUGAUCGCUUUUUUGUAUAUUGCUUGUGCUUCUGCUACUACCUGACAAAAACAUUAUAUGGUCUCAUCUUUCAUGGUUUUGGUGGGUGUUUAAUGUUUAUUGUUAUGGAUAUUUUAUAAGUAUAUGGUUCUCUUAUUCAGAGAUGACAAUCUUAAAUUAUAUAUAUAAGAAGAGGGUAAAAUAAGCCGGUUUUUGUGGCUUCGCC